AUGGAUGGCAGGAUUCCACAUCCCACUUUGAAGGGGCCGAGUGUUGUGAAGGAGAUAGUCAUUGGGAUGGCGCUCGGCUUGGUCGCAGGUGGCUUUUGGAAGAUGCAUCACUGGAAUGAGCAGAGGAAAGUAAGAGCGUUCUACGACAUGCUAGAAAAGGGUGAAAUCAGUGUUGUUGCUGAAGAAUAG